AUGGACCUAUUCUACCAGACCUGUGAUAUUGAGAAAAAAUCUCGAGUUCAUUUCAACGAAUUCAUGGUGGACGUGCACCAGAAAAUCCACGAAACGAAAAAGGAAGUGGUGAGGGAUUUCUCGGAUCGGGAUUCCAAGCCGUUUGACCCGAUCCCGCCGGUGGCGGAGCGCAUCAGCGAGAAAGCCUGGAUGAUUUGUUUCGACGAGUUUCAAGUGACGGAUAUUGCCGACGCUAUGAUUUUGAAGCGGUUGUUUACGGAGUUGUUCAAGAACGGGAUUAUGAUGGUGGCGACGAGUAAUCGGCAGCCGGACGAUUUGUACAAGAACGGGCUGCAGAGGUCGAAUUUUGUUCCUUUUAUUCAAGUCCUGAAGGAUCAUUGUGAGAUUAUCAGUCUGGAGUCGGGGAUUGACUACAGAUUGAAGGGGCAAAGCACCAAAUCAAACUACUUCGUCAAGUCUGAACACAAGCUGGAUCCGAUUAAGCAGAUUUUUAAGUUUCUGUGUUCAAAAGAGAACGACGUUGUGCGCAGUCGCACUUUUAAUAUCCAAGGCAGGGACGUGACCUUUAGGAGGGCUUGUGGGGGCGUGCUGGAGACUUCGUUCGAAGAGCUAUGCGAUCGGCCCGUCGGAGCUAACGAUUAUCUGCACUUGGCGCAGUUCUUUCACACUAUUAUCAUUCGAGAUGUGCCCCAAAUGAGUUUGAAAAUGAAGUCGCAAGCGAGGCGAUUUAUCACGUUGAUUGAUGCGUUUUACGACCACAGGACUAAAGUUAUAAUAACUGCUGAUGUUGCCAUUAGAGAUCUUUUUUUGAGACAGAUCCCCGACGAUGUUAUUAGCGACGAAAGCAGGAUGUUGAUGGACGAUCUUAAAAUCGGGAAGGAGGACGCCACUGCUAAUAUUUUCACAGGGGAUGAGGAGAUUUUUGCGUUCGAUCGGACGCUGUCGCGAUUGACGGAAAUGCAAACUGAUGAUUAUUGGAAGAAGGAUGGCAAGAGGUGA